ACACCAAUAUCAUCUAGGAACCAUACCCAUCAGGAUUUAAAAUGCCCCAAUUCAAGACAUAUGAUGAGACCAAGGAUCUUGAUGAUCACUUGCAUGUAUUCUAUUCCAUUAUGCAAGCUCAAAAUGCCUCAGAUGCUUUGAUGUACAAGAUGUUUCCCUUUACAUUGCGUGGCAAUGCUCGAACUUGGUACUAUAAUCUGUGGCCGAACUCAAUUAGUUCAUAUGUCGAGCUGGUAACAUCUUUCGCCACUAAAUUCUUAAGUCAAAGGUUGAUAAAAAAGAUAACACUCGAGCUCAUUCGGGUAAUCCAAAGGGAAGGUGAGUCCCUGAAGAACUACAUGAACAUGUUCAAUGAUGCCGUGUUAGAAAUCAACUCAUUUGACCAAUUUGUAGGAAUAGCUUCCAUAAUCCAAGGUCUUAGUGAUGAGCUAAUUCCACUCUAGCAAGUGUACUAGUUCGUUCAAGUAAUAUAAUGAUGAAAAUAGAGUAUCGUCCCACAGAGACCGUAGACUAAUUAAGUACCAAAAUUAAUGAACUCUAAUUUUAUUUGAACAAUUGAAAUUAAAUGAUUUGAAUAAAGUAAAUAACUAAACUAAUUAAAGAAAAACUAAAUUAACUUUGAGUAACACCAAGAAUUAAAAGUCUAAGGCAUCCGACUUCACCAUCAUCAACUAAUAUAGAAUUUUAGAUCAAUAUAGUUCCAAGGUAUUUAUUAUUCACGUGACAGCGGGAUUUCCUAAUUUAUUCGAUAUACUUUCUCAAGUUAUACCAAACCUAUCUUCACCUAUUAACCCACUAUAUCUCUAUGUGAAUUUAAAUAGAUAAAGACGCAUUAUGUUCUAUGAAAUUCCCUAGUUUACGUAGAAAAUUAAGUCCACUUAUCACUAAUGCUGCACAAAUCACGUUGGUCCAUCUCUGGCUUUCGUUCAAUUCAUGGUAUAUAUUACUAAAAGCUAUUGCAUAAAAUCUCCUCUCGGUCUCAAUUAUGCUCUUAAAAUCAAUUUUAAUGGUGGCCAAUCAUCAAAAAGCAUUAAGAACAAUAAUAUAUACUCAACAUGAAAUAAUAACCCUUGAAAAUAUAAAAAUCAUGAAAUUCUAUAUUAAAUUGAUCAGGCUACAUCGUAGCCUUAGAUGGAAAAAUUAGUUCAUAUUAAACAUGGUAAAAUCUGAGAUUAAAUUGAUGAACCACAAUUCCAUAUCCAAACAAAGGAAAAAUAAGUCUAGAAGAGCAAAAACCCAAUUUGUAGAACUCAGAUCUGUAGCCUGAAGUGUCCCCAGCGGCUGCCCUUGCGUCUACCGUCACUCACACAGAAUCUGCGCAAGCUUCUACCUCAAACUCACCUCAAAGCUCUCUGCCGGCUGCCUCCCUGGUUUC